AGCCGCCGCCGCCAGCACCGACGCCGAAGAACGGCCGGGAGAUGGCCUUGCCGGCGAUCCCCAACGAGAUCCUGGCGGACAUCUUCCUCCACCUUCCCACCCCAGAGGACCUCAUCCGCGCCUCGGCCGCCUGCGUCUCCUUCCACCGCCUCGUCGCCGACCGCGCCUUCCUCCGGCGCUUCCGCAAGCUCCACCCCGCGCCCCUCCUCGGCUUCCUCGACUAGAGCGGCUUCCACCCCGCCGAACCGCCUCACCCCUCCGCGCCGGCGAUCCAUUACACCCCUGGCUUGGAGUUGGAGGUUACCUGGCUUACAGUUAUCCACAUGGAAGUUUUGGUUUGUGUGGCGCCAUUACGCACAUGGCUGCUUCUACUGGAUUUCAGGUUCCAUUAAAAAAUUGCUCGUGCUUGACAUCCGUAAGAUGGAGUUCUCCAUGGUUGACCACCCACCCUGUGCCCGAUUUUCGGGCGAUGAUGUGGUCGUCGUGGAGGCAAGCCAAGGCAGGACUCUGAUGUUUGUGCCUAAACCGGACACAGUUUGGCGGCGAAACUAUGGUGGGAAUUCCACCCAGUGGCAGAUGGAGAAGACAAUCUCGCUGGAUUCUGACUGCUCAAUCGCGGAUGCAGUCGGGAGGCACUUGCUCCUAUAUUAUGUCGGAAUCUCGUCGGUCAAGCGAGGUUUUUACACGCAGGACGUCGACACAUUGCAGCUUGAGAGGGUGUGUCUUUCAUGUCCUAAACCGUCAGAAGUAUAUUGCAGCUUCCCACCGUCGUUAUUAUCAUCACCGACAGUGUCUUGUGUCCCACGCCACGCUGACUACCCAGGAGUGGAUGACGCUGUGUCGGCACCAGAACCACGAGAAGCUAACCCUGGAGGCGUGGAAGGACCUACUGAUGAAGAACUGACGGGCCUCGCCGGGGGACUGCCGUGCAAGCGCCGUUGUCGCAGCAGCCGCUCGGGCUCCAGAACCCGCGGAGGUGUGUCGCGGUGGACGGGGAGAAGGAGGCUGAUGCUUGACCCAUGGUGGAUGAGGGCCUGGGGGCGGAUGAGGGGACAGAUCAAGGUGUUAUCCAGGACGGCUGCAGCCAAGUCUUUGGGCGGCAGCUAGCUACGAGUAAUGUUUAUACUGUUGGUCUGCUGCGUGUUGAUCUUUUUGGUUUGCCCAGCCUGGUUUUAGAACACAAAAUGGUACUGUUGUUUCUUGUUUGUCAACAUGCAAACGGCCGUUUUAGUUAUGAUGAACUGCGGUUUCACGGCACCCUAUGCUAGCUGAGCUGGGCUCAAGACUUCAGCUUCGGCUGAUAUGAACUCGAGAAAUCAUUUCAAUGUACUAGUAUCUCCAACUUAAUUGUUCCAGUAACUUAUGCUCCUGGAUGAGUGUUGCAACUUGAUGCUGUCUAGGAUUAGCAACAAACCUGGAUGAAGUUCCAAUUGUCAUUUGUCAGUCGACACCCGUUAUGAUGGUGUCUAUGGAUCUUGAAUUCUUGCAAUUUUCGCACAUCUUUAUAUGCUAGACGGUUUACUCU